AUGACGGCCAGGCGAGGGACCCUCAGCGGUGGCCGGGGUGCCACCAUGAGCUUGCCCUGGUGGCUCGUCCUCCUUGCCAGCCUCGUCCCUCCAGCCCUUGGUUCGUGGGGGGUCACCUACCCCGAGUCCCUGCGGGGCGUCAGCGGCUCCUGCGUGGUGGUUCCCUGCACCCUGAGCUACCCUGCCAAUGUGGCGGGCGGCGCAGGCGGCGACACCCUCGAGCACCCGAGCACUGCCGCCAGCAAGGAGCAAAACGAGGGGCAAACGACCACCUUGGAGUGCUCUACACCCUACGUCUGCCCGCCGGGUGAUGUCGCCCUACGCUGGGAAGGCUAUGACCCCAAGGUCUCCACACUGUCUGGACGGGUCCAGCUGGACACCAGCGGGGUCGGCCACCACCUGACCCUCACCACCUCCUUGUCCUGGAAGGACCACUCCAAGAAGCUGCUCUGCGAAGUUUCUUACGGCUCCAGGAAGGCAACUGGGGAGGUCGUCCUGCGGGUGAGACUGUCCCCUAAGGACACCCAGGUGUCGGUCAGCCCCUCCACGCAGAACAUUCUCAUGGGCGAUACAGUGUCCCUCACCUGUGAGGUGAGCAGCAGCUACCCCCCCAUCUCUGCGUACCGCUGGUACAAGGACGGGGUGGCCGUGGGCAGCGAGCAGAUCCUGACCCUCCGGGGCAUUCGCCGUGACGACUACGGGCAGUACCGCUGCGAAGCCGAGAACGCUGUCGGAGCCGGCGCGGCGCCCGCCGUGACGCUCUAUGUCAUCUCUGCAGAGAUCUCGGUGAGCCCCGCGGCCGAGGUGCAGGAGGGGACGGCCACCACCUUGUCCUGUGACGUCCCUGGCAGGGAGGGCCAGCAGCUCAACUACACCUGGUACAAAAAUGGCGCCUGGAUCAAGGAGGGCACGGCGCACACGCUGCUUUUCCACCGCGUGGCUGCCAGUGACGCCGGUUAUUACUCCUGCAAGGUGACGAACGACCGGGGCAGCGACACGUCCCAGGCCAUCAGCCUGAGCGUGACAUACGCAGGGGGGGAGGCUGGCCAUCAUCGCGGCGCCCGGGGGGGGGGUGCCCCGCCCAGCCGCAACGCCCUGCGGCUGGAGAUCCGCGACGCGGGGCCGCAGGACAGCGGGGAGUACCGCUGCACAGCCAGCAACGCCUACGGCAACGCCAGCGCCACCAAGACCUUCGUCGCCCGCGCUACAGAGAUCCUGGUCCAGCCCUCGGCGGAGGUGCGGGAAGGGGCAGCCGUCACUCUGACCUGCCUGGGGGCUCGGGGUGCUCCGGAGGAGACCCUCUACACCUGGUACAGGAACAGCAAGCGGCUGCGGCAGAGCUCGACCCCGACGCUGCGCUUCCCCUCCAUCCAUGGCGAGGAUGCGGGUGCUUUCCAGUGCAGGGUCCAGACCAGCAACGGCAGCGACACGUCGGUGGCCGUCCCGCUCCGUGUGCUCUUCCCACCGAGGCAACCGGUGAUGAGCUCCUUCCUGGAGAUCCAGAGCGGGCACCUGGGCAUCAUCCAGUGCACCGUUGAGAGUGACCCAGAGGCCAACCUGACCCUAUGGAGAGGAGGAGAAGUCAUAGCCUGCACAUGGGGCUGCCCCACAGCCCCCAACCCCAGGGUCCACGCCACCUUGUCCUACAACAGCCUGAAGGUGGAGAUCCGAGAGGUGGUGCUGGAGGACGAGGGCACCUAUGUGUGCUGGGCUGGGAACCUGCAGGGCAACGCCAGCGCAGCCAUGGACUUCAGGGCUGAGAGACCAGGGACGCUGAGCAAAACGCUGCUGAGGGGGUUCCCACGGGCCCCCUCCUGCCGGCACAUCAUCCCUCAGCUGCAUCGCAGUGGCUCCGUCCCUGUGCCAGCUCUAGUGCUCACCGGACCCUCUGCUGAGAUAACUGAUAUCACUGGAAGGAAACUCUCCACAGCUGGGCCCAAGGACAACCAGUGCCCACACUCGGCCGCCUCCCUGGUGUUUCGGCAAGUGGCCAGCACGGACGCGGGUCUCUACCACUGCAGAGUCACCACCGACGGCAGCAGCCGGAGCUCCCCCACCGUCUCGCUGGACGUGCUGUCUGCCCGAGUCCUCGUCUCACCAUCCGCCGAGGUGCGGGAAGGAGAUGAUGUCUCCCUGACGUGCCAAGUGGUGGGAGAGCCGCAGGACGACACCAUCUACUCCUGGUACAAGAACAGCAAAUGGCUCCAGGAGAGCCCCGAAUACGUCCUUGCGCUGCCCCAUGUCACCAGUGCUGCCGCCGGCUCCUACCACUGCCGAGCCCGCAGCCCCGUGGGGACCAGCGUGUCCCCAGCUGUCGCCCUGCACAUCUCCUAUCCUCCACGGGCGCCGGUGGUGACCUCCUUCCUAGAGACCCCCGAGGGGCAGCGCGGAGUCUUGCAGUGCACAGUGGACAGCAGCCCACAGGCAGAGUUGGCUUUCUACAAGGACCAGGCGUUGGUGGCCUCCACAGCGCUGCCCCAGCCCACCGCCCCGCCACGGCUCAGCGGCGCCUUGGCCUUCAACACGCUGCGGGUCAGCAUCCACCCCGUGCUGCUGGAGGACGAGGGGGAGUAUGUGUGCUCCGCCAGCAACGCCUACGGCAACGCCAGCACCGUGGCAAACUUCACGGCGGGCACUGCCAGGGUCUGGAUCUCCCCCUCCCCGGAUGUCCGAGAAGGCGAUGCCGUCAACUUGACCUGUGCGGUGGAGAGCAGCAGCGGGGAAGCGCUGAGCUACAGAUGGUACAAGAACAAGAUCUGGUUCAGAAGCGACUCAGCCCCGGUCCUCACCUUCCGCAGCGUCACAGCCACCGACGCCGCCUCCUACCACUGCGCAGUGCAGACCCCAGCACGGACCCGCAGCUCUGCCCCCACCACCCUCAACGUCCUCUACCCCCCCAGGAACCUGCAGAUGAAGGCCUUCGUGGAGAGCGGCGAGGGGAUGGCAGUCAUCCUCCUCUGCACCGUGGAGAGCAACCCCCUGUCCGAGAUGACCCUCCUCAAGGAGGGGCAGUCCACCCCUGCCGCGGGAGGUGACCACCCCAGGCAGAGCGGCCACAUCUCCUCCGCUCCCAACGCGCUGAGGCUGGAGCUCCGGGAGGCCUCUGAGGAGGAUGAGGGCGAGUACGAGUGCCAGGCACGCAGCUUCCUCGGCAGCACACACGCCUCCCUGCCCCUCCGUGUGCAAGCGCUCAGAGUGGUGGUUCGUCCCUCUGCCGAGGUGCCCGAGGGGCCCGACGUGACGCUGACCUGCCGGGAUGCGGUGGCCCUCCCGGGCACCGUCUACAGCUGGUACAAAAACGGGCGGUGGGUGGCGGAGGGGCUCGAUGCCUCCCUCCUCCUGCCGGGUCCCCGCCGCACGGAUGCGGGAGCCUCCGCCUGCCAGGCGGGGAGGGGGCUGCGCCGCCGCCGGACCCCCCCCGCCGCCCUGAGGGAGCUCUAUGCACCCCAGGAGCCUUCCUUCAUCUCCUUGGUGGAGCCCCUGGGGGGGCGGCAGGCUGUCCUGCUCUGCACCGUCGACAGCUUCCCACCCUCCGACAUCACCCUGCACCGGGGUCCCGGCCACGUGCUCCUGGCCUCCACGCGGGGCUCGGCGGACCCACGCAUCACCGUCCAGGUGGCCCCCAACUCCCUGCGGGUGGGGAUGGUGGGGCUGGAGCUGCGGGACGUGGGGCUCUACGUCUGCUCGGCCAACAACAGCUACGGCACCGCAUCCUCGUCCCUGCGCCUGGAUGUGGGAGGGAUCACAGUCACGGUUGAGCCUUCGCCAGAAGUCCCCGAAGGCACCACAGCCACCAUGACCUGCUCGGCCGUCCCUUGGGUGGGGGAAGAGGCCAACUACACCUGGUACAAGAACAGCCGGUGGCUGCAGGAGGGACCUGCUGGCUCCCUCGUCCUCACCCGUGUCUCCAGCACUGACACCGGCUCCUACCACUGCCAGGCGAGCGGGAUGAGGGGCAGUGCCACCUCGGCCACGCUCAGCUUCAGUGUGCUCUACCCCCCCCGAGAUGUCUCCAUCAGCACUUUCCUGGAGAACCGCAGCGGGCGGGUGGGCAUCGUGCUGUGCACGACCAACAGCCACCCGGCUUCCACCAUCGCCCUGUACCGCCGCGGCCAGCCCCGGCCCGGAGCCACCACGCCAGGGGUCCGUGUCUCCCCCUCCCACAAUGCCCUCCGAGUGGAGCUGGGGACCGUGGGGCCGGAGGACUCGGGGGAGUACACCUGCGUGGCCGGCAACCCCCUGGGCAACGCCACGGCCGGCGCCUACUUCGACACGCACACUCUCACCCACCUUCUGGCCUUCACCAUCCUGGCUGGGCUGCUCAUGGCCAUGAUCUGCGUGGCUGCCCUGGUGCUCCUGGCUGUGAAGCUGUGGCCCAGGAUGAGGAAGUUUUGGGACUGGCCUGGUGCUGAGGACACCUUCGAGCUGAGGAGCAAACAGGAGCAGGUGCAGUUGCGGUCUGUCCACGCACAUUCACCCGUGUCUACGCACGGCCAUAUCGGAUAA